CCUGCUUGCUUCCCUACCAGUUGGAAUGAAAAUGCAAGUUAAAGAGCAGCUCCUUUAACUGUCUUUGCCAAGUCUGGCCUUAGGACCUUGGCAUCUGCCUCUUCACAGCUCUGCUCUGCUAGCUCUGUUAGCUCUGCUAGUCAGACGAUGCAUGCAGAGAAAGAAGGCUCACCACUGUUCCUCUCCACCCCGGCUGUAUCCAGGCUCCACAGUUCUGUCCCAGGCUUGGUGCGGCCUCUUCCCCGCUGUGCCUCUGACCCUCGCCGAUGUUCUGUUGGCUCCAUGCCUCUCUCUGCUCCUGGCCGCAAGAGGAUGAGAUGGGAGGAAGAAAGCAGCAGAAGAAAUUGGUGCCCAUGUCAGCAGCUCUCCAGCCUACAGAUCGAGGACCAACUGAACUAUUUGCACACAAAGAGCAGGUGUGGGAGCGACCGUGAAAUAAGGAAACGAGACCAAGUCUGGGACCAGCCAAGGGAUGCAAUGUCUGUCUCCAAGCAUCUGGAGGUGCCCUCCCACAUUAAGCCAGGAGUGUAUGUGGGGCUGCGUAACCAGGGCUCCACCUGCUACUUCAACAGUCUGCUGCAGUGUCUGUUCUUCACCCCAGAGCUCAGAGAGGCCAUCUGCAGCUGUGGUAACAGUGGUACCAGCAUCGUGCACAUCCUGAUAAAGCUGUUUCAAGAGCUGAUGGAUAGAAACACCUUGCUCAACACCACAGGAAUUACUAAGUGCCUUGGAAUUCACAAUGUGCACCAGCAGCAGGACAUUGAGGAAUAUUUCAGGCGCCUGAUGGAUAAAAUAAUUGAGGAGAAAGAAGAGAUUCGCCAGCUAUACGAGGUGAAAAAGGUCCAUACCAUCACUUGUUGUGAAUGCAGACUCCAGACAAAAGUGGAGAAUCCUGUCCUGAGUCUUUCCCUCUCUUUUAAAAACUUGGCUUCUAAUCACGCAGGUUACUCUGUGGCCAGCGCUUUGGAUGAGAUACAGCAAGAAAACACCUUUACAGGAGAUGACCAGUUAUAUUGUGAAAAGUGUAGGUGCAAACAAGAUGCCACAUCGAAAUACUGCUUUGGAAGUCUACCCCAGAUUCUGGUUCUGCACUUGAAGAGAUAUCAGUUUGAUUCUUUUACUGGGUUUACAAAGCUGAGUUGUGAAGUGUCUGUGCCACUCUUACUCAAUAUGAGCAAGGAAGACCACACGGUUGUAUACUAUCACCUCUAUGCCAUGUGUCACCAUUCUGGAGGAAUUCAUGGUGGCCAUUACCUGGCUGAGAUAAAGUCCUUUGAAAACAAUAGCUGGUAUGAAUUCAAUGACAGCAGAGUGCGCAAGGAAUUUACUGGAGAACACAUCUCUAAGAACUCCAGCUGCUGGAAACUGAUGGGCAGGAUCCCCUGGGAAGCCAGUCUGAAGGGGAGAGGAGUCCAGGAGAGCUGGCUGUACUUCAAAGAAACUUGACGGAGAGUGCAGAAACAAAGCAUCCUGAUGUGCAUUAACACUAAUCCCAAAAAGACAGAUCUCAACAGAUGGCAGGAUCUGGUAAUUUCAAUUCCCAUUCUGACAGUCGGGCUGUCCUUUGUACCUGGGCCCUAGUGCCUGUGUAACGCUCUCAGGGCUCCCACUGGAAUAGCUCUGUGUUCUCCCCUGUAAAACUCUUCCUCCUUUCCUUCAAGGGUUGGUCUUGACCCACUAGUGCUCCCAGCAUGAGUCAGAGCCCACCUAAAAUAGCAGUAGACUCUUUCUUUAACUGCCUGUUGCUGGGCACGGGUGUUCUCCAGGAGCUGCAGGCCUGUCCCUCAGUGAGCAGUGCAGCUGUGAGGUGCAUAGAGCACAUAGGCUCUUCUCUUCUUUGCAACCUUUUUUCUAGGGUGCUUGUUAUUUCAGGCAUCUGUUAGUAUAGUAAGGAAAGAUUGUUUUUGAACAUGUCUUUUGGAUGUCUGAGACCCAAACCACAUCUGUUCCUGCCUUCUGUUGCUGUGGACUAGGAAGCCUGGUUUCAAGAGAUGAACCUUGUAUGAUGUGAAACUGCUGCCAUUACAUAAUGUAGCUGGGUCCUCAGGUGAUGUGUUGAAAGGACUUCCCAAAGGGAUAUCUUGUCUGCCAGGCAUUCUCUGCUCUACUCUGUCUUCGGUUUCUUUAAAGAACCAAUCAAUAAUGCAAGAUAUUGUUUUAAUUUCAGGAAAAUACAAAGGUGAACAUUUUUCAUGGUGUCUAAGUUGUGUAACAUUAAGUUUACAAAAGUUCAAUUCCUUUGAUUUAAGGAGUGAAAAAUAAGGAGAAGGAAUUAGAAAGGAAGGUCUGUGAAACAAAACCAAGAGAUCAAAGAUGAGUCCCACCUGCUUUUCAGUGACAUAGAACUUUUUAUUUCCCACUCAGCUGAAACCCACAGCCCUGUUCAGGGUUGUACGUUUUGAGCACUGUAGUGGUGCCUCUAAACAGAGCCCUCAGCCCUUGACCUGUGUUGUGAGGAGUGGAUUCUGGUCAAUCGCUUCUCAGCUGGUUCAAAGUUCAAACAAGUUUUCAGCCUAGAAAGAGUACUGCAUAGCAUGACUCUGGCUCAGAGAUGAUUCAGCCUAGCUCUAGUUUCCAAGGUGUAACCAUUCAAGGAUCUUCAGCAGCCUAUUUCCAUCUCUCUCUUAAUGAAUUGGCCCUGUUGUAACUGUAGAUUGUUACGUUUUGUCAUUUGAGUGGUCUAACAUUUUCUUGCAUUAGAUUAUAAAUUGUAUUAUGCUUGCAAAGACCUCCGGGAUAUGAGUGAGGCACAAGGAUGUGAUCACCUAUUUGACUAGGUAUUCAUAGGCUUUUGUUGUGUUUCAGUGUGAGUCGCACCGCAUAUCUGUUAAUGUACCGCCGCUGUGUGGAUUGCAGUGCUGAGCCAAGUAAGUGAUAUGCAGUUACUCAGUUUGCUGCCAAGGAAGAUGGUGUGAUACCAGAUCCCCUGGUCCGUGUACUGGGAGACUCGUGUCUCACCGCUCUGUUAGGUCAUUGAGUUGCUGCAGUUUUCUGUCUUUUGGGAGGGUCAGCAAGGUGCCUGUUCUAUAGUCUUUUUUAUAACUGGCCAAAGUGCCACAUUAUAUUAUAAAGCUGGGUGAACUGAUGUGAAAAGUUGGGAGACCAGUUCAACUGGUGAAUUCAGUGGGAAGUAAUGAACCUCUGUAACAGUGAACCAGGCAGCUUGUAGCUCUGGUGGGUUCUGGGAAAGCUAUGGUGGGAACCUGAAGACAUGGGCCUGAGUUCUGGAGACAGGCAGUUAGACCAUGGUGUCUCAGCUGUCAGGGAGGGGAGCUACCCUAGACAUCCUGUGCGCCAAGAGCAAGCCUAGAGUUCCCAAGAGAGGCAGAAACUUGAGUUCUGCUCUGAUCCCAGAGGCUUAAUACACCCAGGGAAGUAGUAGCUGGGUCUUCUGACCUUAUUUUGGCAAGUGUCCAGCAGAGACCACUCAACCAAUGAAUGGGUGAGAGCUGCCCAGCAGCAAGAUCAUGAGUCAGAGAAGCAAAAGAAGAAGAGAAGGUCAAGGAAUCCAAUCCAGAACAACAAUCAGAGGAAAAGCACCUCUUGCACAC